GACGUGCCGCACCGUGAGCAGAGGAGGAUGAAGCAGGAGAAGUACCUCGAAGAGCUCAAGGGAGCACUCGCGGCAAUUGAAAAGCAUUUGAAGUCAAAGAAGACGGCUUUCAUUGGAGGUCUGAAUGGGUUGCAAGCCAAACGUGCCCGUUCGAUCCAGAGUUACCUGAUGAUGGUUGUCAAGAAGGGACGUUUAUCAAUUGACGCCUCAAAACGAGCUGCAGAAAGCCAUGGAUUUGCUGCGGAAUGGGGAGGCCGUCAGGUGCGCCACUGGACCAGGUUAUGGGUGUCAGAGCACAAGCUCCCAGAGUCCUUGCAGGGCCAUCAUGCCAAGGUGUACUCACUCCUGAGUGAUCCUGCAAUCGCUGCAGAGCUGCGUGCAUACGUUCGGUCAAAUAAAUGGGCCAUGAACCCUGACAAGCUUGUUCAGUUCUCCCAAAACAAACUGAUACCUGCUGAAGCAGAUAAAUACCUCAAGCAUGUUGUCGAUGAAGAAAUGCCACGUGGCCUCAAGCGAUACAUGGAGCUCGAGAUCUUUCCCCGUAUUCACCUGAAGAUGACGGCACAGGCAAAUGAUGCGGUGGAUCAAUACUGGGUAUUUGAGGAUGAAUUUCGACUGCGUAAGAAGGGAGCGGGUCGUGGUCUUCAUCGCAGUGAUGUCAUUUGUUCAACCAUUGGCCACUUGGUUGAAGCAGGGGAGUCAUUGGAAUAUGGAAAGAACUAUGAUGGUUAUUGGCGUGGCGAACACUUCUGCAAUCAGCUCAAAGAUAAAAUCAUCCCUGCAUUUGAGCAGGCUCACGGCCCAGGCUACCAAGCAUUGUUCCUCAUCGACAACUCACAGGGACAUGCUGCAUACUCUGAAAAUGCUCUCCUUGUCAGCCGCAUGAAUGUCAACCUGGGUGGGAAACAGGCGCACAUGCGAAACGGCUGGUUCAUUCAUGAUGGCAUUCGCAUUGAGCAGGAAAUGAUGUUCCCAACCAAUCAUCCUGAGCACCCUGGAGAGCCAAAGGGCAUAAAAACCAUCCUCACAGAACAUGGCCUAUAUCAACCUUCCCUUCGCAGCAAGUGCAAGGGAAAAUGCGAAUCCGAUGCCACUGAUUGCUGCAACAAGCAUCACUGCGACUGUACUUUCGAGACACUGAAAGAUAGUAUGCCACGAGCCCUGGCAUCUGUCGAGUUGCGGAGUAUCCGUCUGUGGGAACAUCGGACACACAGGUGGAUAGAAGCUUAUCAGUCGGGGCUUGGGACAAAAGAUGCUCAGCUUAAGGUUCGGCAGUUCAGUUCAAUGAAGUACAAGUCCCACAGACGUGUUCCAGAAACAGUAGCGCAGCUCUUCGACUAA